AUAUGAGCUUGAAAAGAAAGAAAAUACGGGGACUGACAUCAACGGUGCCACCCUCCCUGGAGGGGUUGGGAGUUGGACAUAGACUCCGCCACCACGGCAAACACCACCAAGGAGAGUUGUGGCGUGUCACCACCAUCAGUGACGUCAUCAAUUCCACCACCAUCCCCACUGUCGACCGGGCAUCUGUGUGUUACUCCACCAAUGAGGUGCUGAUAAUAAUCGGACUGACUUGUGUUCUGAAUCUUGCAUUUAUUGUUGUUGUGAUGACCUGCGUCCACUUCUGCAGUAGUCCUACUGUCACCAAUAUAUCCAGAUUGGAGUCACUAAUUCUGGUGGAGAGCUCGACGUCAGAAUCUGACUUAGAGGAAUUAGAAAAUAAGCAGAAAAACAUCAACUUCUACAACUUUUCUCCGAUCAGUGAAACUUUUGACGAAUACAUCAAGAUUUGUUCAAUUCCACUACAGAUGGGAAGUAUCUCAAUCCUCGUCUUCCUCUAUGCUCUCCCUCCAAACCUUGGUGCCUCCCUGUUGUGCGACCCCACCCGUCACCUCGGGGUCGCUGCCGAGGUAUCGACCUGAGUCCACUGCGACCUCGGUUUCCAUGGAGAAUCUUCUGUUUGUAUAGCAAGACUUGAGUGUAUUUUAGUGAACUGGUGGUUACAACUCUAAGAUAAUUUAUAUUUUGAUUUAUUAUUGUUAUUUUUUUUAU